UUAAAGAAUGAAACUCAAUAGUUGGAUAUUAUUCCCAUUGUGGUAAAAUAGUGUAGUUUUAAUACAAGAUGAUUGGAAAGUAGCAAGAACUUUCUACAAAACUGGUUCCAAAUAGUGAUUAUUUGCCACAACAUCUCAGUAAUCACCUCUUAAACCAUGCUACUUAUUGUGAUCUAUGUUCACUAAUUCCAACACAUGAUUAAAGUGAAAUGAUUUUUAAUCAGUAAUUAGUGAAAUUCGGAUCAGUAAUUCAGAGAUUUAUGGUCAGUGGUUUAGAGAACUGAAAUCAAUAAUUAGGCAUUCAAUCCUUUGUCAGGUUGAAUAAUUUAUUCAUGAAAAUCAGUAAUUAGUAAGUCUGCCUCUCACUAAUUUAGAAUUCUUGCAUUGGUGAGUUGGUUAUCACUCUGGUGGGAUAUGUAUAUAAUCCCCAGGAUUUCCAGGUCAGGCAUCACAACUUGUUCUACUGCUAAACUGAUAACAUAUACUGCUAGAAAAUACAACAGAGAUGGCUGACUAUUACAACUAUGUUUAUGGGAUGACGUCUGCCCAGAGUCCGGCUGCUUUCCAGUCGCCAGUGAUGGCCUACCAGAGGUACCAGAAGCAGAGUCAACAAACCAGCACUCCAGUGAUGAUGCAUCAAGGUUUCCAAGUCCCCAUGUCGCCGAUGAUGGGAGGUGCUCCACAGCCUUGGAUGAUGUCACCACAGUUUCCGUACCACUACCAAGUCCAUGCUACAUCGAGUCCACAGUUGACGAGGGUCCAUCCACAUAUGAAGUUUUCCAGUCCACGCGGUGAUGACUCCGGCUUAGGUGCUUCCAUUGUCCAGACUCCAGUGUCCACGCCAUCCAGAAAGAGAGCCAGGCUGUCCACGCAGUCCACCUUGGAGAGUCCAGCACAGCCAGAACCGGCCAGACCAGCGGUGCCAUCUACUCCUUACAGCGACUUAAUCGAUUUGGUGAAAACUGCCAGCGCCAUUACGCCAGAGCCAGCUAAGCCUAUAGUAACGCCACCUGUAGAACGUGUUGUGAAGAAAGCCAAACGUCGCUGUCCUACAAAGAUCGUCGACAACAAGAUCGUAGCGAAGAACAAGCCGCUUGACUCGUUUGCUGUCAACGUCAUGAACACGUGGUACCUCCAACAUGUCGAUCAUCCGUAUCCAUCCGAUGAGGAUAAGGAACAGCUCGCUCUCGAUGGGAACAUCUCCGUCAUACAGGUCAAGUCGUGGUUUUCGAACAAACGUAAUCGCUCGCACAACACGAAACCGAGGAACGAGAAACGAAAACUCGAGGACCAGAUCGUGCAGUUUUGUCAGGAUCUCAUGCAGCCCGAGAAACGCCAGACCACGAGUAUCGAUAGCGUCGUUGAACAACUUCUGAGUUUAGUCGAGACGAACCGGCAGUAGAACGUUAGACUAUACCGUGAUUCAACAAACUAUGUGCAAUUGUGCUAUUGACUCUUUUAACGAAUACUAUCCCAAUAGUUUGAACUGUUUUGGCAAAUGCCGAUGAACUUACAAGAGUAUCUUGUUAUGCAGAAAUUGCAUGAACAAAUGAUAGUGAAUGAUGAUUCAUUCUACAACUUGUACAUAUGUAGAUAUCUGUUACAAGAGUACUGUUAAGUUUGAAUGACUUGGUAACUUCAUUUUUUCUUCAGUCAAACAGAUCAUGAGAAUAAUAUGCAUGAUCAUGAAGUUUUUGAUUAUUUCUCUUGGUGUAUUUACUGCAAGAUCUUGAUUUGAAUUGAAAAUGAAGUUAACCACAGCAUCUGUUCUUAUUUAUUAAAAUCUGUAAAUAGACACGUCGUAGAGACACAAGAUUUUGUAAAUAUCUGUAAAUAUUUGUGUGAGUGAGUGUAAAUAAAGCGCGAUAAUAGA